GCGUGUUCAACCGCUGCCUUGUUCGACAAGAAGGGAAGCUCUUACGCCAUAUAAAACCCAGAAGAAAUCCUCUUCGUGCUCUGAAUCUUCGUCGUCGAAAUCUAGGCUAAUUCCGAAAUUCUCAUUGACCGGGAUCGGAAAUGUUCCUCACAAGGACUGAGUAUGAUAGAGGAGUAAACACGUUCUCACCAGAAGGACGAUUGUUUCAAGUUGAAUAUGCCAUUGAGGCAAUCAAGUUGGGCUCGACUGCAAUUGGCAUAAAGACUAAGGAUGGAGUGGUUCUUGCAGUUGAGAAGCGCAUUACAUCGCCCCUCUUGGAGCCUAGCAGUGUUGAGAAAAUUAUGGAAGUCGAUGAGCAUAUUGGUUGUGCUAUGAGUGGAUUAAUUGCUGAUGCUCGAACACUGGUUGAACAUGCUCGGGUUGAAACUCAGAAUCAUAGGUUCUCGUAUGGCGAGCCCAUGACUAUUGAGUCAACUACUCAAGCAAUUUGUGAUCUUGCACUGCGAUUUGGUGAAGGAGACGAAGAAUCAAUGUCGAGACCUUUUGGUGUAUCUCUGCUGAUUGCUGGUCAUGAUGAGAAUGGUCCCAGCCUAUACUACACUGAUCCGUCCGGCACAUUCUGGCAGUGCAACGCAAAAGCAAUUGGAUCUGGCUCUGAAGGCGCCGACAGCUCUUUGCAAGAACAGUACAACAAGGAUCUGACUCUCCUAGAAGCCGAGACCAUUGCGCUGUCGAUCCUGAAACAAGUUAUGGAGGAAAAGGUUACACCGAACAAUGUUGACAUCGCCAAGGUAUCGCCCACGUACCAUCUCUACUCCCCCUCGGAGGUCGAAGCAGUCAUCAAUCGCCUGUGAGAUAUCAGAAACCCGUCAUUCUGGUUAUCGACAUUACGAUAGAUUAUAAGAUUAAGAUGCUUGAAUAUUUUUGGCUUUGCUGCUGUGUUAGAUACUUUGCUAAUUGUUGAAUUUGAACGAGAAGAUGUUUGUUCACUUUGUUAUUUGUUGGCCUCAAGAAUUUGACGUCUCAUGGGACUUAGCUUCUCGGUUUGUUAUCA